AUGCAAACACUUAAAGUAUGCUCUUAUUACAGUGUUAAUUUCUUUGAUGCUCAAAAAGAACCAUUAGAAAUGAAUAUUUUCAAAAAUGGAAAACGUUUAUUAGUACUAGCAACUGUUAGAUAUUUUGAAAUAAAAGUUUAUGGACUUGCAGUUAUGGAAGCCAGGAUCAAUUGGAUUCAUUCUGAUGAUGGUAAAAUUUUCAUUGAAAGUGGAAUAGGCAAGCCAUACGGUCCACCUUAUGGAAUUAGUGAAUAUGAGUCUCAUAUUUUUGGAUUCGGUUAUGGCUCCUUCACAAAAGAAAUCUUUUUUACAAGAGAUGGAAUUAAGUUGCCAUCUCUUAGAAUCAGCUGGAGUUCUAUUGGACUUGGAUUAGCUGUAAAAAAUUUUUAUAAAAUUGAAUUAAAUUAUGGUCAAUCCGAAUUCUUCUUUGAUUUAUUUGAAUACAUGGAAUCUAAUGGUUAUUUACACCUAAAUGUUCCACAUGAAUAA